GGGAGCAGUCAGCCAGAUACCAUCAACCAGCCUAUCCCCUUAUCGAUCCUUCUACAUCACCACUCUACCAGGGUCACAUCUCGCUUGUCCAAAGCCCUGGUGAUAGUUUUUAUCUCCGGUUUCCUUUUCGGUCUCCCUGAUUGCCUUACAUCAUGAACGGCGCCAGCGAUCCGGAGAGAGAGCAGGCGCUCGAAGAUUACAAGAGAAGUCUGCUCGAGCUCCGAGAAUGGGAAGCCAAGCUCAAAUCCCUUCGCAUGGGCAUCAAGGAUUUGCAAAGAGAAUUCGAUAUCUCCGAAGAGAACAUCAAGGCCCUGCAAAGUGUCGGCCAGAUCAUCGGAGAGGUGUUGAAGCAGCUGGACGAGGAGAGAUUCAUUGUUAAGGCAUCAUCCGGACCCCGAUAUGUCGUCGGUUGCCGCUCGAAGGUCGAUAAAUCCAAGCUAAAGCAGGGAACACGUGUUGCCCUCGAUAUGACUACACUUACUAUAAUGCGGAUGCUUCCGAGAGAGGUUGAUCCGUUGGUAUACAACAUGUCGCUGGAGGACCCGGGUCAGGUCAACUUUGCAGGCAUUGGUGGCCUGAACGAACAGAUCCGUGAGCUUCGGGAGGUGAUCGAGUUGCCGCUCAAGAAUCCCGAGCUUUUCCAGAGAGUGGGUAUUAAGCCGCCCAAGGGUGUGUUGCUCUAUGGUCCUCCUGGUACGGGAAAGACAUUGCUGGCACGAGCAGUGGCAAGCUCAAUGGAGACCAACUUCUUGAAAGUUGUCUCGUCUGCUAUCGUCGACAAGUACAUUGGUGAAUCUGCACGGUUAAUAAGAGAGAUGUUCGGGUACGCCAAAGAGCACGAGCCUUGUAUCAUCUUCAUGGAUGAAAUCGACGCUAUCGGUGGAAGACGCUUCUCUGAGGGUACAUCUGCGGACCGAGAAAUCCAGCGGACGUUGAUGGAGCUUCUCAAUCAGCUGGAUGGUUUCGACUACCUGGGAAAGACGAAGAUUAUCAUGGCUACGAAUCGACCCGACACGCUUGACCCGGCUUUGCUGCGAGCCGGUCGUCUCGACCGGAAGAUUGAGAUUCCUUUGCCCAACGAAGUCGGUCGUCUGGAGAUCCUGAAGAUUCACUCUAGCACUGUCCAAUUGGAUGGCGAGAUCGACUUUGAAAGUGUGGUGAAGAUGAGUGACGGACUUAACGGUGCUGAUCUUCGCAAUGUUGUCACUGAAGCUGGCCUAUUCGCUAUUAAGGAUUAUCGUGAUGCAAUUAACCAGGAUGACUUUAACAGAGCGGUCCGCAAGGUGGCCGAGGCCAAGAAGCUGGAGGGCAAGCUGGAGUACACGAAGUUGUAGUUCUCUUCCGAUUGAAUAUACCUGAGAAUUAGCCGUGAUUAUAGAGAGCUGUUCUUCCUUCUCUUUACCACACCCACCCCUCUGCUUACGCUCAUAUAAUGUACACGAUCAAUGCAUCGACAAUGCCCAA